UGGAAUGUGAUUCGUUUGUAUGGAGGCAAAGCAGCCAAAAGGAUCUUCUCCUGUGCUGGUUCACUUUUCAUUCUGUGGUGGUGAUAGACUUUUCAUUGCCGCUGUCUUUAAAAAUGUAAGAUCAUUAAAAUGACACUGCUUGAAGGCAGAGUGGAAGGGACUCGGAAAAAAAAUAGGCGUGAGCUAUUGGAGUGAAACAGGCAUCUAAUUCAGCUUUUCCCCCCAUAUCGAACUGUGCGCUCUCACCACUGCUGAUCCUGGGAGUAAACGCAUGGAAAUCCAUCCCUCUGGAAUGACAUCCUAGCAAACAGCCACGUCUGCCGCAGCAUUUGAACCUACAAAAUGCGUAAAUAUGCUUAAGAUAUCAGUCUGCUUUAGUGGAGAAUGCUGAAAGGGUGUUGAGACGUGCUUGUAUUUCUCCUGUCAACUCAUGUGGAGCGUUAAUAGCACCCCAUCCUCCCUGAACUCUCAUACUAAUUCUAUGGAUCAUUUAAACGUGCAUGGAGUUGCUAUUACACAUUUUCUAGGCUGGUGUGUUUUUCUUGGAUCCGUGGUGCUGACGAGCUGUCUGCUGCAACCCGGUGGCCAGAGAAGAGACAGCAGCCCAGUGAUCCCUGUGAAAUGGACCUACCGGCAGAACCACCAAGCUUGGUGAUUUCAACGCUUGUUAGUAUCUGGAUAUACAUUAAGGGCAGGCUGAUACCUUGGAUAGCAUCAUUCUGUUUUCAUCAUCCUUUCUGCUUCCGAAAUGAAUCACUGAUGUCUCUGCAAAGGCUGGACAGCAUGCUUAGGAAAAUAAAUAAUGUCUAAAACAUAUCCCUUUCCUGUUAAAGCCAUCUCAUAAAGGAAUUAUAAAAAAGGAUAAACAAGGGAAUGAAGAGUUAUGCAAAAAUUUGAUGGUGAGCCAUUAGUUUCUGAAGAAGGCAGCCAAUGAAAUGUCUCCAGUCAUGAACUGCUCUUGGAAGAUUAUCUUCCUUCUGGCUUUGGCACUAAUAGCAAUUCAGUACAAAGCAAUCCGGAACUUUAGUACCAAGCCAGUUCAUACCUGCCCCACGUCUGGUCCACUGAACUGUACACUUAUGCAAGAUAUGGAACCACAGGACCGGGCUUGUGAGGAGUAUUCACUCUUCAAUUAUAAUGGAUCCAGAAAGACCCACAUCUUGAUCUUGGCCACAACAAGAAGUGGCUCAUCUUUUAGUGGACAGCUCUUCAAUCAGCAUUCUGAUAUUUUUUACUUGUACGAACCUCUGUAUCAUGUUCAAGUAGCACUGCUUCCAAAGCUAAUCCUCAGCCGAAAUCCUGCUGAAAGACGUAUCAUGAUGGGAGCAAACCGUGAUCUUUUAAGAAGCUUGUAUGACUGUGAUCUGUACUUUCUAGAAAGCUACCUUAAACCACAGCCAACCAACCAUACAACACUAAAACUUUUCCGAAGAGGUGCUAGUAAAGCCUUAUGCACACCACCCGUAUGCAGUGCUUAUGGGCCAGCAGAUAUCAACAUUGAGGAAAAUACCUGUGUCAAACAGUGUGGGCUGUUGAAUUUGACCCUGGCUUCAGAGUCAUGCAAAGAACGGGGACAUGUAGCCAUUAAGACAGUGCGAGUCCCUGAAGUUGGGGACCUCAGAGCUUUAGUGGAAGAUCCCAGGUUGAACAUAAAAGUCAUCCAGCUAGUAAGAGACCCUCGUGGUAUACUGACAUCCAGGAUUGAAACAUUCCCAGACAUUUAUCGCCUGUGGCGCAUGUGGAGAGCGACAAACAGAAAACCUUACAAUUUAGAUGAGUCUCUCUUGACCACUAUUUGUGAUGAUUUCUUAAACUCUGUUUCAUUGGGCCUUAGUAGGCCCCCUUGGCUUAAGGGUAAGUACAUGAUGGUAAGAUAUGAAGACCUUGCCAGGAAUCCCAGGAAGAAGACUGAGGAAAUCUAUGAUUUUCUUGGUAUGUCCAUGGACAGUAAUGUUGAAGAAUGGAUACAGAACAAUACAAGGGGUGGGGCAUCUGAAGUAAGAGACAAAUUUGGCACUGUGAGGGACUCAGCUGCUACUGCUGAAAGCUGGAGAAUUAAAAUAAGUUUUGACAUUGUACUGUAUGCCCAAAGGCAGUGUGAACAGGUUUUGGAUUUGCUUGGCUACAGAAUGGUCAACUCAUCUGAUGAACUUAAAAAUAUGUCCUUCAGCCUUGUAGAGGAAAAGCCUUUCCCCCCAUUUUUGUAACAAAAGGCGAUCCAGGGUUCAUACAUGGUAUUUUGGUACAAAAGGUUUACUUAAUUGUUGCCUUAUUUUUUUUCUAAGUUUGCACUAUGAAUGUUGGCACAGGGAAAGUACUUCUCCAAAUAAAAGAUCAGUUAUGGAACUGGUAUUGAAAAAUAGCAGCAUGCUAGAUUAAAACAAGUAGAGAAGUCCCAAAAGUUAUGUUUACAAUUGUGGCAAUGCUUAAUGAAAAAGAUUUUUUUAACUAAAACAUUUUAAUUUUUCUCAUAACUAGUAUGCCUGCAUGAUUGUGUGUGCGUAUGUAUGUGCGUGUGUGUGUGUGUGUGUGUGUGUGUGUGUGUGUGUGUGUAGUUUGUGUACGUAUCUGGGUAUGUUUCUUGUGUGUAUCUGCAUGCAUUCAUGUGUGUUUGUGUUUCUAUAUACAGUAUGUGUG